UUUGCCCUUCCCCUUCCCUUCCCUUCCACAACAAAGCGACUCUUCAAACAAAACCACAAAUCACAGUUCAGUCGUCUGCCUCAAGUCAGAAGUCUGGAGUCCCAUUUUGCUGGUUGAUGCACUUCUCGCUGCUCGGCUCUGAAAAUCGCAGUCGCAACGAGAAAGAGCAAAGGUCAUCCGACAUCGUCUUCCCAAAGCUACAGCCGCCGCAGCCCACAACCCAGGCAGAAGCCGGCGGCGCUCAGCUGAUCUGUGCAAGUGUGGACCUCACUAGGCCUGGAACGCCUGAAACUGGAACCUGAACUGCCCUGAGAUGGCUCGAACGGUGUGGUUUGCGGUUCUGUUGACGAGUCUGGCCUGCAUGGCUUGGACAGCCAACGGCCUGAGGUUCUUUCACCGCGGCCGUCAACAUGGAGGCAAUGUUCAGCUGUGGACCAAAUCUCAAUUCCCUGAAAACCUCCUUCCUCCUGAACAAUGGUUCACCCAACAGUUGGACCAUUUCGAUCCAACCAAUCAACGGACUUGGAAACAGAGGUACUUCACGAACAACACCUUUUACAAACAGGGCGGUCCUGUUUUUCUGAUGAUUGGUGGUGAAGGUGAAGCGACUGCCAAGUGGAUGGUGGAAGGCCAGUGGAUUGAAGACGCUGCAUAUUUUAAUGCCCUUUGCUUCCAGCUAGAACACCGAUACUAUGGCAAAAGUCAUCCUACCGAUGAUAUCAGCACAGAAAACCUCGUGUAUCUGAGCAGUGAGCAAGCACUAGCUGACUUAGCGUAUUUCAUUGAAGCCAUGAAUGUUGAUUUGCCUGUGGGCACUAAGUGGAUUGUACAUGGAGGAUCAUACCCUGGUUCUUUGGCAGCUUGGAUGAGAAUGCGUUAUCCGCACCUAGUUCAUGGAGCCAUGUCAGCAAGUGGACCACUUCUUGCAAAACUCGAUUUUAAAGAGUAUUAUGCUGUUGUCAGGGAUGCUUUGUCUGAGUACAGCAAAGAUUGUAUCAAAUCUGUACAAUCAGCCUUCCAACAAGUUGAGAUUUUAUUGAAACACAUGAUUGGACAACAAGACUUGAACAAACAGUUUAGGCUGUGUGAUAAGAUUGAUGUUACAAAUGAAGAUGAUGUUGCUAGUCUCUUUGAAAAUCUUGCCAGCAAUUUCGCUGGUAUUGUUCAAUAUAAUAAGGAUAACCGACCCAAGUCUCCUACGCACAAUAUCACCAUUGACGUUGUCUGUGAUGUUAUGUCGGACAGAGAGAAAGGCGUACCAGUUCAUCGUCUGGCCCUUGUAAAUGAUAUGUUACUGAAAGCAACUAACCAGUCAUGUUUAGAUUACACUUAUAAAAAGAUGAUUAAAGAUAUGAGCAACACUACAUGGGAAAGUUCUGUGGCAGAAGGAGGCAGACAGUGGACUUAUCAAACUUGUGUGGAAUUUGGAUUUUAUCAGACAUCCACAAUGACUCAAGAAAUUUUUUCAAAUAAAUUCCCAGUUAAUUUUUUUACGAAACAGUGCUCAGACAUCUUUGGAGCAAAGUUUACUUCUGAUCUCAUGAAUAAUGCCAUAAGACGUACAAAUACCAUGUAUGGUGACCUCCAUAUCCAAGCCAGCAGGAUAGUGUUUGCCCACGGGUCCACUGAUCCAUGGCAUGCUCUGGGAGUCAUAAAGACUCUCCACAAAGAAAGUCCAGCAAUCUAUAUUAAAGAUACUGCCCAUUGUGCUGUGAUGUAUCCAAGCAUCAAAAGUGACCCUCCUCAACUGGUUUCGGCACGGAAGCAGAUCAGGGCAUUGGUGUCUCAAUGGUUGAAGCAGAACUGAAUUUCUUGACCAUAGCAUCUAAAAACGUGUGAUAGAUUGUAUCUGAGGAUGAGAAUUCUGGCCUUGUUUACAGUCAAUUUAAUUACAAUUUAUUUAUGUUAUAUUCUAUAUAAAUCUAAUUUAUGACAAGCUUAACAAAUUAAUAGUACUUGAUGACACAAUGGCACAAUUGUGUUACAAUGACCAAAUGUACACUUACAAUAAGACACAAUUAAAUACUUUAUACAUAAUA